GAAAGAGCCGCUUUCGCUUUGGAGUGAGCAGCAUUUCCCGCACUCAUGGCGCGUCUUCGAAGAGCAAUUGUCCUCCAUGCCUGCGUCCUGUUGGCCCUUCUCGCGCGCACCUAUGUCCCCGCGCCAGACGCCACGGUGGCGUCGAGGCGCGGGGCGCUGCCGAUCGCAGGGGCCGCGCUGCUGGGCCAGGCUGCGCACGCAGACGACGCGGGUCUCUCGAAGCGCCGGAACCUGCCGGCCGCGGCCAUGGCGGACAUCGUGCGGCGCGACCUGGUGGAGCGGCAGUUCCUGGCGACGGCGGACUUCACGCCGGACAUCUACGAUGAAAGCUGCACUUUCACCGAUGAGAUCGACACCUACCAAAAGGACAAGUUCAUCAAAGGGACAAAGGCUCUCUUUGUGGGGUCGGAAUCGCAAGUGGAGUUGGUGGGUGACGUGGAAGUCCUGGAGGAGGGGAAGAAGCUUCAAUUUCGAUUUCAGGAGACCCUGGCGUUCAAUUUUCCGCUGGUCCAUCCGAAGGUGACCUUGUCGGGCACCUGUACUCUCACCCGUGGGGACGAUGGUUUGAUCGUGGCCUACCGCGAGAAAUGGGAUCAAUCGAUGCCAGAGGUCUUGGCAACCACAAAAUUAUAAUAUCCAUCGAAUUACAAUAAAAUUAUGUAUAUAGAUAUUUA